CUCAAGUAUACCACUCCGUCAACCCAAAAAAAAAAAACAUACGGACUACGAAACGGUAAAAUCGCCUGAACGGUUGUUUCCGGCGAAGUCAGGAUGGAGCUUCUGAACUCGUCACCUCCUUCGCUCCCAAAACCUACUGCUAAUGCAUAUUUAUGCUCUGGGCCGUCGAAUUUCAGGCGCGGAUCCUACCACAAUGAGGUGCCGGCCUUCCCACAGUUGCCGGAAAUUGCUGAGGAAGCCGGCUGUAAAGUGCACGUGGCUGUGGGGAAGAAGAAAACGGACAAGGCUGUAUCUCUGAUUCAGUGGGUUUGCAGGAAUUUCGGGAACUCUGAAAUUUGCAUCCUUCAUGUUCAUCAACCUUCUCCUUUGAUUCCCACUCUAUUGGGAAGACUACCAGCAUGCCAAGCUAAUCCAGAAGUGGUGUCUGCUUUCAGGAAUGAAGAGAGGGAAGUGAUGAGGAAACUUGUUAAUGGUUACUUAAGUAUAUGUUGCAGAUUGAAGGUAAGCAGUAUGCACCCUCUUUAAUGUCUUUGUUUGAUCUUUACCAUGCUACAAGUUUGUCUGUAAUUCCUUUUCGGCAACUUCUUAUGUCCAGAGGAAAUGAAAUUAAUGAUUCUUAAGAUAUAGGCAAGUGUGUACUCACCCCCCCCCCCCCAGUUAUGGGAGUUGGCGUAUAUAAUCCUUGUGUAAUUAUAGAAGUCGCGUAAAUGAUCCUUGACCCUCACUAAGUCACGGGAGUGGUGACCAUUGAAGCCACAUUACUAAUGACUCUGGGAUUACAUAUUUUAGAUCCACUUUCCGUAAGAGUAGAUGACUGAUAGCAACAGUUUGAAUAAUUGAUUGGGAAGACAGGAUAAAGGAGAAUUCUUGAUAUAAAAUGUUUAGAUUGCUCAUAAUUAUUCACAGUGUUUAUGAAUUAUAAGCAUGUAAUCAGAGUAUCAGACUAAAGUGUUCUUACGUUCUUUAGAUUCACUUGAUAAUUUGAUUAUGAAUGCAUUUACUGUUAACCAUCUACAAUGGGUAUGAUGUUCUUACAUUCUUCUCCAAAGCUUAGCUUGUGGGUAUAUGUUCUCGUACCAGUGAACGUUUUCUGAAUUGCUGAUUGUCCCCUAUUAGGUCAAGGCAAGCAUUAUUACUCUUGAAGCUGAUCAAAUUAAAAAAGGAAUAGUUGAUAUGGUAAAUGAACAUAAAAUUAGGAAGCUAGUAAUCGGAGCUAUUCCAGAUUGCAGGAAGGAAAAACGGAGCUCUAGGAAAGCAAGUUAUGUUGAGCAGAAUGCUCCAUCAUUCUGUGAGAUAAUAUUUGUCAACAAAGGAAAACUAGUUUUUACCAGACAGGCUACGGGGUUCAAUUCAAACUCUGUAGUAGCUCAAAGUCCUGUUUGUCUCCCACUGCCAGAUUCGAAUUCAGCAUUUGAAGAGGAAAGCCUAUCUGGACAGCUUAGAGAAACUGACUUAGAAUCUGAGUCAUCAAGAAAUGAAGUGAUUGCAGAUAUUUUUAAGUGUAAUAGAUUGGAAGCUGAAGCUGAAGCUGCAGAAACCAUGAAGACCAAAACAUGGGAAUGUGCUCAUGUGCGUGAAAUUGCUCUCAGGAAAGAAGCCGAGCUGUCUCAUAGAACUAUGAUAGAGGAACAAGAUAAGGAUUUGAAAGAGAAGGAAGAGAUGACGCACAAGCUAAAUAUGACCAUGAGAAGUAUAGCUAUCUUAGACACUCAUGGACUGGAAACUAACUGUAUGUACAAAGAUAUUGCAGGAGAGAUUAGACUCAUCCAAACUUCCAUAGAAACUCUCCAGAAGGAGAAGCAGAAAGUUCAGAAACAGAAAGAUGAGGCAAGGGGGAGGAGCUGUGGAAAGGUUUGGGGAGUAAGUUCAAGAGAGUUGGUACAAUUUUCUAUAUCAGAUUUGCAAAUAGCAACUUGCCAUUUUUCAGAGAGCUUCAAGAUUGGAGUGGGUGGAUAUGGAGCUGUUUAUAAAGGGGAAUUAUUGGAUAGAACAGUUGCUAUAAAGAAGCUUAAUCCACACUAUAUGCAAAGCCAAUCAGACUUUCUUCAACAGGUUCAAAUUCUAGGAAAACUUUAUCAUCCUCAUCUGGUAACUUUACUUGGGUUAUGUACUGAAGAUUGGUACCUUGUUUACGAGUAUAUGCCAGGAGGAAACCUCCGGGACCACCUUCUCCACAAGAGCAGCAUUACAUGGAAAAACAGAUUGCAAAUUGUUGCUCAAAUUGCUAAAGGGCUUUUGUUUUUACACACUUCCAACCCUGAAAAGAUUGUGCAUGGCAAUCUAAAGCCUGAAAAUAUCCUCCUAGACUCUUACAACAGCUGCAAAAUAUGUGAUUUUGGGAUUUCUAAGCUUUUUCCGAACCAAACGCUUCAUUGUCCAAGUUUCCGGCGUCAAAGUGUGUCAAAGGGCGCUUUUUCAUACACUGAUCCAGAAUUUCACGUCAGUGGGUCUCUGACAACGAAGUCAGACAUCUAUUCGUUUGGACUGAUCAUACUUCAGAUGCUCACGGGAAGAAGUCCGGAGGGACUAUCCCGUGAGGUACGUAAGGCUGUCUCAUGCAGGAAUCUGGAAUCCAUUUUGGAUUCAUCUGCUGGUGAUUGGUCAGCUUUUGUGGCAAGGAGGUUGGCCGGCUUAGGGUUGAGUUGUUGUGAGCUAAACAGUAGGGAUAGACCCGAGUUGACGCCAAGUCUAGUAAGGGAGUUAGAGCAGUUGCACACCUUGGAGGAGCGUGUAGUGCCAUCUUUUUUCCUUUGUCCUAUUUCUCAGGAGCUAAUGUAUGAUCCUCAAGUGGCAGCAGACGGGUUCACCUAUGAAGGAGAGGCCAUAAGGGGGUGGCUGGGAAGUGGGAGAGGUACUUCCCCGAUGACCAAUUUGACACUUAGUCACUUGGACCUUACUCCUAACCCCUCACUCCGGCUUGCUAUCCAAUGUUGGAUCUCCAAUUCUCAUUAACUCCUCCUCUUCCACCUCCACCAAUGUCUAUAUUUUGUCAAUCGUAAAGUUCAUUUGUAUUGUAUAUCCAUAGGACUCAGCUUAGCGGCUUAGCCUGACCGAUCACGUAAAGAAAGGUACUUUACAGUUUACGUAAUCUUUUAGGCUCUGUUUCAUUGUAGUAGAUGUAAUGGAAAAAAUGUUGUGAGUUGUUCUAUGUAUGCGUGUAUAAUGCACAGGCGCCUUGGUAGGUUAUUGUAUUGAACUAAUGAAUGUGAUAAAAUCAAUUUCAACCUAAUAAGUAAA